AUGACGAGUGUCCAAGAGCCUCGUCUGCGAAUCGCUAUAUGCGGUGGCGGCAUCUCAGGUCUCGCUCUUGCUGUCGCCCUGAGUCAGGUGCCAGACGUGAAUGUUCAGCUGUAUGAAUCUGCAGGGCGCUUCCGGGAGAUAGGAGCAGGCGUCAUGAUAUGGUUCAGGACCUGGCGCAUUCUGGAGCUGCUCGGCGUCGCGGAGGACUUUGCGAAAGUUGCUAAUGCGCCUCCUACUGAAGAACGUGGGAUAGGUUUUGACUAUCGUCGGUCGGACAUGGCUGGAGAAGGUUUUCGGUUCGGGUUGUUCGAACUUCCCUACGGAUGCAUCCGCUUUCACCGUGCCCACUUCCUCGGUGCCUUCAUUGCCAACCUUCCGUCUAACAUAGCCCAUUUCGGCAAACGUCUCGCCUCGUAUGAUGACUCUGCAUCAGGGCCAGUAUCCCUUCACUUUGGUGAUGGAACGAGUGCAGAAUGCGACCUCCUAGUAGGCUGUGAUGGUAUCAAGUCCAGCAUACGUACUGCGAUGCUGCACGCAAUCGCUCGCGAAACUGGCAAUGCAGAAGUAAAAUCUCUAGGUGUUCCUUACUGGAGUGGUAUAAUCGCGUACAGAGGUCUUAUCCCAACCGACAAACUGGUCAAGGACGGCAAGGAGCAUCCAGCGAUUGCUACGCCAAUAAUGUACUGCGGGAAGAGCAAGCACGUCGUUGGUUACGGAAUAUCGCGCGGCACGGUGGUCAACGUCAUCACCAUGAAUUCCCAUCUUGACAAAGAAGGCACACCCUACAGCGAAGAAUGGGUGACUGAGUGCUCGACAGAAGAGCUUCUUGACUGUUAUGCCGGGUGGGAAGACGAAGUCACAGAUCUGCUUCGACAUAUCGAGCAACCGACCAAAUGGGGGCUUCACUCUAUCAAACCGCUCCCUACGUACGUUCAUGGGUCCGUAGCGCUCGUAGGGGACUCUGCACAUGCGAUGCUUCCUCACCAAGGUGCAGGCUCGGGACAGGCCAUUGAGGAUGCAUACGUCCUAUCUCGCAUCCUCUCCGAUCCAAUAGUCACAAAGAGCAGCCUCUCACACGCGCUCGCAGCAUACGAUGCCGUCCGCCGGCCCAAAGCGAACGCGAUUCUCGUCGGGUCGCGCAAGUCUGGUCAAAUGUAUGAGUUCGACGACGAAGCCCUUGGAGAGCGAUACGAGGAUCUGGGCCCGGCGAUCGUACACAUGUGGGACUGGCUUUGGGAGGAAGACCCAGAGGCGGAUGCUCGAGAAGCGCUGGAUAAGAUGCAUGCUGCGAUACGAGAUGGUCUUUCGUGAUCUGGUUGGUGAUGCACUGCGAUCUUGAACUGACAUGGGGACGGUAUGCAGUGUAUUACUACAUUCUCAACCUUCCAAGGAUCGUGGCAGGACUUCGCAUUGCAUCUCCUUGCGCUACAGCUGGCAGGUCUCAAUGUUACAGUGUACUUUUGAUCACUAGUUGUAUCAAGGUUUGCUUUAC